AUGGCUAUCAAGUCCCCCCUUCUGCUCGGUGUCGUACUAGUCUCGCUCAUGCUUAUCUCGGAGGAUAUGGCAGAUGCUCGAGAGCUUACUGAAGCCAAAGAGUCCGAGGAUAAAAAUUUAAAACCUGCAGGAGGGCCGGGCCUCAAGGACGAGAAGUUGGGAGGUGGCUACCAACAUGGUGGAGGAUACGAAAACGGUGGAGGGUAUGGCAAUGGUGGGGGAUACGGAAAUGGCGGAGGGUAUGUGUAUGGUGGUGGAUACCAACAUGGUGGUGGAUAUGGAAACUAUGGUCGAGGAUAUGGAAAUGGUGGUGGAUACCAUCACGGUGGAGGAUACGGAAACUAUGGUGGUGGGUAUGGUGGAGGAUAUGGAAACUAUGGGCACGGUGGAGGUUAUGGGCCUGGCUAUGGUGGUGGAGGCUAUGGACCUGGAUAUGGUGGAGGGCAUGGUCAUUCAGGCAAUGGUGGAUAUGGCGGAAAUUAUGGUGGAGGUUACGGUGGUGGUGCCGGAUAUGGUGGAGGUGGCGGAUACGGCAGCGGGUACGGUGGUGGUGGAGGUUAUGGUGGAGGAUCGGGUGGCGCUGGCUAUCCUUAA